AUAAAAAAUGCUAUUUGCGUUCAAAUCAAAUGACAUUAGUGCUUGUAUUAAUAUGUAAACAGACUUGCAGCGUAGUAUUUGUUUGACAACUAAAAAUUGAAAACUGUUUGAGGUUAGGUGAUACUUUUGACAGAAGUCAUAAAAUAGGAAUCAACGUUCACAUCAUCGUCAUCUGUGUUGUGCCAUUCAAAAUGAUUUUGUGUCGAAAAAGAGCAUUUUUUUUUAAUUUACUAACGCUUGGGCUGGCUUUUAUUGCUGGUUGCACCAUAACCUUAUCAGUGAUCAAUGUGAAAAAUUGUAAAACCGAUUUUGAACGGCAACAUUUGACGUCAAAUCACAAUGUUUCAACAAGUGCAAUAUUUCUGGUGAUUGUCGUAUUAUCGGCACCGAAAAACAUAGACCAACGUAAUACCAUUCGACAAACAUGGUUGAAUCUUAAGCCAAAAAUCGAUGAAUCUCAUGUCGGUCACCGCAUCGACAAUUUCGAUUCGUUGGAAUUUGACCACAGUGGAUUUUUGCAACAAGACAGUAUUGCUCAGCAGAGCUCUAUGCUUGACGAUUUCAAGGAAAAAAUGUCAAAAGCAAUUUAUAAGCCAAUGUUGGAAGAUUUAAAUGUGAAAAUUUUACACUAUUUUGUAAUUGGCACCGAAAAUUUACCAUUCAUCGAAUUGAAUAAGCUUGAGAAAGAGCAUGCAAAACAUAAUGAUUUGCUAUUUUUGAGUGGCUUAAGUGAUUCAUACACAAAUCUCACGUUAAAACUAUUGAAGACAAUCGAAGCAGUUAGCAAUAUUGGAACGUUUGAAUAUAUGCUAAAAGUCGAUGAUGAUACAUAUGUUAAACUCGACUAUUUACUGCAAGAUUUACAUCGAUAUGACAAGCUUAUCAAGCGUAAACAAUCGACAGAAAACACAAUAAAACCAGAACUUUACUGGGGUUAUUUCAAUGGUCGUGCAACAGUCUUGAAGCAGGGACAAUGGAAAGAGUUGAAUUUUAAUCUAUGUGAUCGCUAUUUGCCAUAUGCUCUGGGCGGUGGUUAUGUUAUUUCAAAGAAUUUAGUGCAUUUCGUGGCUCAAAAUCAUAAAACGUUGAAUCGAUACGUCAGCGAAGAUAUAUCAAUGGGCGUUUGGUUAAGCUCACUUCGGAAUGUCUAUAAAAAACAUGAUCCCCGCUUUGAUACCGCUUAUCUGCCAAGAAAAUGUCAAAACUAUCAUAUUGUAUUGCAUAAACGUACUCCUUCAAAUAUGAGAGACAUUUAUCGAGGUCUUCUAUGCACAUUUAAACAAGCAAAUGCCACCAACAUCCAACGACCAAAGGAAUAUUUCUACGAUUGGAGCAGCUCUCCAACACACUGUUGUGAUACAUUUGUCGAUCAAUUUUAAAACAAGUCUGUUUACCAUAGUCAAUGAUUCGAAGCUCUGUGAUUUAUAAAAUUCGACCAAGCAAUGCAAGUGAUAACCGAACAUGGUGGCAAGUAUUCGUUGGUAAGCGUAGCUAGAUUAUAUUUGGACCAUUUACUGGCGCAGAAGAAAUACGAUGAAGCCGCU